GAACAUAAGCCCAUAGAGUGCACACAUAAAAAGGUACAAAAUUGGAGUUUUGUUAUCAAACAGUAAUUACUUUCAAACGUGUUAUUGAUUUUAGUGUUGAUUUGAUUGUCAUCUGAGAUGUCGAGUGAAGACAUUGUCGAAGUGUUGGUCCAAUUGAGCGGAGGAACUGAACUACUGUUUGGUAAUACAAGACAACUAACCAUCAAAUUAGACAAAAUUGCGGACAAGAGAUGCGAUUUACAGCAAUUGAUUGAUUGCCUGAAGACCGACCAUCUGAAGGAAAGACCCGAACUGUUUGUCAUCGGAAACACCGUUAGGCCAGGGAUUCUGGUUUUGGUCAAUGAUGUCGAUUGGGAACUGUUAGGUCAACUACAAUACCAACUCAAACACAACGAUAGAGUGCUCUUCAUAUCGACUCUUCACGGAGGAUGACCUCAACAGUCGUAACAUUUUUUAGUGAUAAUAUCAACAAUUAUUUGA